UUUUUUUUUUUUGUUUUUACUUUCUGUCCAGCGUCUACUACCUUGUCACGUGUAUUUUUAAAAGUAAAAUGAACUCUACAUUUUUAAUUGUACCUAGUGUUGUUUUAAGUGUUAUUACCAUUUUUGAACGGUUGUUGUUGUUGUUAUUGUUUUCAUACUUCAUCAAAAUGGUUUUAAUGUGCUCAGUUUCACUUUGUAAAAGUGUUUCAUUGAAACAACACAAUGUUAAACUACAAAAGUUUGCUACAUCAAGAACUUAAGCAUAAAUGGCUAGAUAGUAUUGAGUCAUACUAUCCUAAUUUUAAAAUUAGCAAAUUCAGUUUAGUGUGUAGUAAACAUUUUGCUGAAAUCGAUUUUAUUAAAACCACUAGAUCAAAAUCGUUUUCACUACGUAAAGAUGCAGUACCCUCGUUGUUUGACGUUGAAGAAUGUGUGCAUGUUUUCAAUGAUAGUGAACAUCAAGUUUAUGGUGAUUCUAGUAUUAUUAGCCUAUCUACUGUUGAUGUUAUGGAAGUUGAACCAACAUAAUAUUCAUUUUGUAAAGAUGCAGGACCUACGUUGUUUGACGAUGAAGAAUGUGUGUACGUUUUUAAUGAUAGGUAGUGAACUUUAUGGUGAUUCUAAUAUUCCUAGCACAUCUAUUAUUGAUGUUAUGGAAACUUCCACAGGUGUAACUACACCACCAAAGAUGAGUAAUAAUUCCAAUAUUUCUGGACCAUCAAACGUUGAUGUUAUAGAAACUUCUAUUUUGGAUAUUCAAGUACCAGUAACUCCAAAAAGAAUGAUGAAUACCACCAAUAAGUCCAUGGAAAGAAAAUAGGUCUAUCUUAAAGGCAGCUAGCAGAUUUAUCAUUUAUAUUGGUUACUUUUUAUAAAACCCUAUGAACAAUUCAAUUACAAUCUCAUAAAAAUAAAAGUAAAGAUUUAUUUCAAAAUACAAAAUUGAUGACACUUAAGACAUAACAUUCACUCUUCUUCUUAAUUGUAUAACGCAUCCAUUGACCAAAAGAGAUGUGCAGAGCAAUGGGUUCAAAGACCACCAGACCAUCAUGUUGACUUGAUUCUUGAUGCAUUUAUUUUGACUGUUCACUGCCACCAAAUUUGAUCGCCCAAAAAAAGGCAAGCUGCACCAGGCAAAUAACUAUGGAUAUGGGAUACAAUUUGCUGUCCUUAGGUAGAGCAAUACUAAAUGGAUUCGAACAUAGUUAUUACUCAUUACUAGCCAUCUUUGACUCAGGCCAUGUCGAACUUUUCAGUGAUGAGAAGUACCUCAAAUUAUGGUUUGUGGAUGAGAAGGUUAGUUGACACAGUCAUCCUUUUUCUCAACCAUUCAACAUGAUAUGCAUUUACCCAAAAAUGAUGAGUAUAUAUAUUGAUAAGAUUGCGUGGGUUCAGUAGAUUUGAUUGCACGUCAGUGUCCUAUGCAUAUGUUGCUGAACCGCGGGUUCGAAAACCUUUGCAUUAUUUUUUAAUUAAUACUCUAUGCAUUUUCUUUGAUCCACUCCCUUCAAAUUUGAGCACCUAAAAGAUGUUCCAACAUGAGACGAGACCGUGUCAAUCUUUCGAUUUUUGGGAAUUCAAAGUAUAUCAAUAAAUCAAUAUGAUUUUAUAACAAGACUGGCCAACUUAACAAAUACCUUUUUCAUUGAUACUUCAAUCAAUAUUUUUGGAUUUUUAUAUUUACAUGCAUUCCAUUUGUGAUGAAUAAUAUCAGUUACCUGUUCGUGUACGUUGCAACUACAAUAUAAUAAAGCAGCUUGUAAAAUUAUGUAUGUAUCCGUAGGGAAGUUAUCAUAUAGUACUGAAUACUAUUGACAAAUUGUUUGCAUUAUUAUUUGUAGUCUAACUAAAAACCAGAUUUUUGGACUCAUUAUAGUGUUAAUUUUUUAAGAUACAAUUAACAAGAUAUUAAUGUCCGCUGCCACUAGUUCUCGGGAUAGGUUUUUAGUGGCAAAAACCUUUCCUCACAUUGUUAAUUAACCGUUUCAACUGUACCAA